ACAUUAGAGAACCGGCACUACCACUUUAACGGCACAGCCAGCAGCACUUCCUAUUCAGAUCACAAGGGCCGGGGCGGGCGGUAUAGUCAGCUCAGCCUCCAGGAGCAGUCAUUACAGCCACAGCAGGACGGUGACCGGGGUCCGGUGUGUACGGUUUAUUGUAGAAGUAUCGACUGGUCCCAGAAGCUGAGCCCAUUAUGAGAAAUGGCGCAGCCUCAGCAAGAGGGAGAAUUCCGUCCAGUGGCACUUGGAGCACAAGAUCUUCCGGCAUCAGGAGUCAACCAGGACACCCAGAAUAAACAGGCUCAAGAGAGCAAGCCACAUGAUUCCGAAACCCGUUCCAGCCAACAAUACGUCAUGAGAAAGUUCUUUGUUGCCAGGCCAGGAGCCUUUGAUCAAGCCAUUGACGAUCUGACAAACCAGUUGUUAUCAAAGGAGAAGGAAGUUGUUAACAGUGCCUGGCUGCUGACAGAAAUUGAUCACUGGAACAAUGAAAAGGAACGUGUUGUUCUUAUAACAGACAAUAACCUUUUCAUAUGCAAGUAUGACUUCAUCAUGCUGUGCUGCCAACAAAUCCAGAAGGUUCCUUUAAACUACGUAGACCGGAUAUGUCGUGGUCCAUUUAUAUUUCCACCCAAGUCCCUAGACAAGAGAGAUGGAGAAGGUCUGCGUAUUCACUGGGAUAAGUUGCGUGAGGCCUCCUUUGUUUCCCGCUGGAACCCUUUAUCUAGUGAUCUGCCGUACACUACCUUCAUUGAUCACCCGCUAAGUACCUAUUCUGAAAAGUUCUCUGCUAUUAGCCAGAUUUCAGUCUUCAAUGAUCAAUUGGUAAAAGCUGUCCAAGAAUCACACAAGAAUAACCCGGUGCCAGGCCGAGCCAAUGGAGCUUUGAUCUUAAAUCAACCACUUUUGAUUGAGACCUACGUCGGAAUUAUGUCCUUCAUCGGAAACCGCAACAAACUUGGCUAUUCACUUGCGAGAGGCAGCGUGGGGUUUUAAGUGAAGCUGAUAUUGUUAAAGUGUCAAGUGUUUCACAGAUAUUUUCUUUGCUGCGCACAUAGACGUAAGCCACAUUAUCUUGUUAUGUGUUCAUGUAUGGAAGAGAUCAGUCUGGGACCCUGAUGCUUCACACAACUCUUUCAUUGUUCAGAUGCUGUAGUAGCAUUUAUAGGAUUAAAUCCAGGGAUGACAAGCCGAAUGUUAAUGUUAGGGGACCACUGAAGGGGGUGUAUUUAGCAGUAGAAAAGUGCUUUGCAGCUACAUCUAAUUUAAUGUAGUAUAUUUUUAAGAUGAAUCAUUUAUAUAUCUUGGGACAGUAAAGACGUUGGUAAACACAUUCUAAAUUAAGAAAACUUAAGUAUAUAUUUACUGAUGACUGUAUGUUCUUUGUUAUACUUGGAUCUACUUUAUAUGCACAUUUGCAAUAUAUCGGUGCCAUUAAAGUUCUUUGCCAUAAGCUGUGUGUUUCUUGCCUUUUAUAAAAUU